AUGAGCGCCUCUCCACGGUGGAUGCUGAGACUGGGGCACAUUCCUUGGAGAUGCAACAAGGGUUGUGACAAGCCCAAUUUGAACCCUGCCGUUCCGGAUGAAGAGACGGAGCCCUCUGUGCCCGCUUCACAAUAG